GAAGCCCUGAGCCGCGUUACAACAACGAAACCGGGAAUAUUUUUUUAUCAAAUCCAACGGUCGAUCAUAUGCCCGCCUACGAAUUCAUACGCCGUUGUUGGGAUAUGUAUCUCCCUUCCGAAACGAGUAUCCUCUCUCCUACUUUUUAAUUUUCUAUAAAGCGAGCCGAUCCCUUCAUUCUCCUCCUCCUCUUCCACCAUUUCCCUUUGCUAUUCUCAGCGCCCAAUGGGUACGGCGGUUCUCCGAUCCCACGAUUGCCUGAAAGGCCGCCUCCAUCUGGAGGCCUUCGGAUCCCGUCCCCCGCCGCCGGUAAAACCCUCGCGGAAGAAACCCCCACGUUCCUCCCCCUCCCCCUCGACCUCCCCGCCUCCUCCACCGCCGAAGGAUGGCCGGAGUCACCAGACGCGGCCAGCCCAGCCGUCGCCGCCUCCACAGCCGACGAAUCACACACGACCCAACCCCCCGCGGUCCGUCCGGAAGACAGGGUUCCCUGGCAAGGAGAACGCUGGCGACACCCAGAUCCGGCCGCGUAGGCCCCUCGUCAUGGAGGAGGUCACGAUCCUGAAACGCGGGGACGAACUGAAGGCUUUCGGGCCCCCGGCCGAGGAUCGGCGGUCGGACGGCGAUGAAUCGCUCCUCUGCUCGACUAAUCGGCUGGGCCCCGACCCGGAGAUCCUCCCGAAGAAGAUCGGGUUCGCCGAUCUGGGGUCCGUGUAUGCCGGGCCGGCCUUCUUCGCAUCCCCGUCCCCGAGCUCGCUCCCUUUCCCGGCUUCCUUCCUGAAAAAGGUCGGCGGUGAGGCGAUCACGAGCGAUGAGGCCACGAGGAGCCUCCGGUGUCUGCUGCGGCUCGAUAAUCUCGCUUGACGGUCAGGUGCUCGUCUCUUGCUUUAGAUUUUCUUCGCUGGAUCGAUGGUUUAUGGUGAUUGUGGAAUGGGAAAAUUGGAUCUUGGUGGUGUGUACACGAAUCCCAGGUCUAUUUGAAGGAAAAAAAAGGGAUUUUGGAAAUGAUGCUUUGACGAAGGCAGGACAAUAAAGGUCUUUGUGGAGAGACUGAUCGUGAUCGUCUCUUUGAUUGGCGAGGGCUCCUCAUCAUCUCUAUUAGGGUUUCUCCUAUUCGAAGAUCUUCCUCUAUUUUUUCAAAAGGAAGACAUGGAAUUGGAGAAUGAAGGGCCAUGCUAGUCUUAGAAGAACCUAUUUGGUGUUUAUCUUGUUCUAGGUAUUUGGGUGGUGCAAGUAGCCAGUUAUGGCAUGUAAUUUUAGAAGGUGGGAUAUGUUAGUGUUAUUUGUGGGUAAGGUGGUACUCUGCCGAUAGAAGAUGUUAUGGGUUAGUUUUGCAUUAGAAGCUGGUAGAUUUGUUCAGUAUUGUACCUAUUUUAUCUCAAUAAUAGUUUGCUGUUUAUUUGCUAUUUUUUCUGUGAAAGUCGGUAAUGUUGGAUAUGUAUUUGAAUUUGCUAUUGAUAUUUAGGAGGAAUAUGAAAUGUGUGUGGAUUGGCA